AUGGCCAAUGCUCCAAGGCUUAAAUUUACAAGAGCUGGACUUAUUGAAGAGACUGUACCUAAUUCUGGAUGGACAGAGGACUCUACCAGCCAUUAUCUUCUGGUGGAUCUUCCUGAAUUCAAGAAGGAAGAUGUGAAGCUUCAGGUUGAUAGCAGUGGACGCAUUGUUGUUAAGGGAGAAAGGCAAGCAAGUGAGCAGAAACGUGUUCGUUUUCAUCUGAGUUUUCCCGCACCAACAGAUUCUGAGGUCGAUAAGAUAGCUGGAAAAUUCGACGGAGGGAUACUUUACGUGACUCUCCCCAAACAAAUUGUACAAACAAACAAAGAGAGUGACAAUGAGGAAGCGGGAAAUGACAGUGUUGAAAGAGCAGAAGAAAAUGAUAGCCAUAUGACCAAUGCAAAUGAUGAGGGGAGAGAUUUUAAUCAACAUGGCGACCAUUCUCAUGACGAGGGGAGAGAUUUCAAUCAACACGUCGGCCAUGCUCAUGAUGAAGGGAGAGAUUUUAAUCAACACGUUGGCCAUGCUCAUGAUGAGGGGAGAGAUUAUAAUCAACACGUCGGCCAUGCUCAUGGUGAGGGAAGAGAUUUUAAUCAACACGUUGGCCAUGCUCGUGGUGAGGGGAGAGAUUUUAAUCAGCACGUCGGCCAUGCUCAUGAAGAACACAAAGAAGAAAGAAAUGAAAAUGUACACAUGGGGGAUUUUUCUGGAGAAGUGAUAAGGAAGUGGGAUCAAGAAACCAUGUUAAGAAGUGCAGUGGAUGUUUUAUGGAAAAACAAAGAAAUUGUGCUAACUGCUGUUAUAGCCUUCUCCUUUGGGAUGUAUGUAUCUAGUAAAUUCCGAUUUUCAGAAGCUCUAUAA